UGAUAAAAAAUGCCAAUUACUUUUGUGUGCGAACACAAUCCAUCUCUCUCUCUCUCACUCUCUCAGUUCUCCUCUCAUGGCGUCCGCUUUUUUAAUCAUCAGCCUCCAUUUCUCCUUCUGUCUUUAGGAAACCACUUGGGGAGUCUUUCAUCUUUUCCUCUUUUUUGGUUGUUUGCAGACUAAAGUUUCAUUACCUUCGGUUUUCCAGGUAUGAGAGGAGGUCAUCAAGUCAUUUGAGACAAUGGUUGCUUCAAAGGAGAAAAUUUUAGGGGAUUAUAUUGGAGGUGGUUGCAUGUAAUCGCUUUGGGAUCCGCAAAUGAUGAACCGAUUGUCUCGUUUGAGUUCUUUGGGGAGAUUGUAAUUUGACCUGCCGCUUCAGUAUAAAGCAAGACAGAGUUAGUCUCAAUGAAAAAAUCACCUACACCUAAGGUAGCACAACAACCUGAUGGGAAGCAGAUUGUAGCCAACGGCUUUGGAGAUAUUCCGCCCAACUCUAAGCCAGGUGAAGAAAAGUGCAUUCUGAAACCCAUCUCCUCAGAGGCCAUGAGUGUAGCUGCUGCAGGUCUGGAACAACCAAGUUCAAUCGAUUCGACGACCCUUCCAAAUGGGCACCCCAUACUUAGCGGAUCAGAACUAGUAGAUGCGGUACAGAAGCUUCACCUAGACCAGAAAAGAGAAUCUUUGGAGCACAAUGGUGAUAAAGAAACCAGAAGCUUAAGCCAGAAUGGUGAUGUGAAAGAUGAUCAGUUAAUCGAUGGCGUGAAAGAUAGUUCAGCAUCUGCUAAGUGUAGUGAUGGGACCAGCAGUGUUGCCAAGGCCAGCGAGAGUGCCAAGGUCAGUGGUCAAGUGGAAUAUGUUGAGAGUGGAAAGAGCAGCAUGUGCAGAGGUAGCACCAGUACUGAUGUUAGUGAUGAGAGCACUUGUAGUAGCUUUAGUAGCAGCAUGAGCAAGCCGCAUAAGGCAAAUGAUUCUCGAUGGGAAGCCAUCCAGUUUGUGCGGUCAAAAGAUGGUCUUUUGGGGUUGAACCAUUUCAGGUUACUGAAGAGGUUGGGAUGUGGUGAUAUUGGUAGUGUUUAUCUGUCAGAAUUGAGUGGGACAAAGAGCUAUUUUGCUAUGAAAGUUAUGGACAAGUGCUCCUUAGCAAGUCGGAAGAAGCUGCUAAGGGCUCAGACAGAGCGCGAGAUCCUUCAAUUGCUUGACCAUCCAUUUCUUCCUACACUCUAUACACAUUUUGAGACCGAGAAGUUUUCAUGCUUGGUAAUGGAGUUUUGUCCAGGAGGAGACCUGCACACCCUUCGUCAGAGGCAGCCUGGCAAACAUUUUUCUGAGCAAGCUGCCAAGUUUUAUGUGGCAGAGGUCCUCUUGUCUGUGGAGUAUCUGCACAUGCUUGGAAUUGUUUAUCGAGACCUCAAACCUGAAAAUGUCCUUGUAAGGGAGGAUGGGCAUAUUAUGCUUUCUGACUUUGACCUUUCUCUACGCUGUGCUGUGAAUCCUACGCUUGUCAGGUCGUCAUCUAUAGAAACAGACCCGUUGAGGAAAAACCCUGUUUACUGUGUCCAGCCGGCAUGUAUUGAACCCUCUUGCAUCCAGCCUGCCUGUGUCCAACCAACAUGCUUCUCACCUCGCCUCUUCAAGAGCCGUUCAAAGAAGGAGAAGAAGUCAAAAAAUGAGAUUGGUAAUCAGGUUAGUCCACUUCCAGAGCUCAUAGCUGAGCCUACAAAUGCCCGAUCUAUGUCGUUUGUUGGGACGCAUGAGUAUCUGGCCCCAGAGAUCAUCAAAGGUGAAGGACAUGGUAGUGCCGUUGAUUGGUGGACACUUGGAAUUUUCCUUUAUGAACUCCUCUUUGGCAAGACUCCCUUCAAAGGAUCUGGAAACAGAGCCACCCUCUUCAAUGUCGUUGGGCAACCACUGAAAUUUCCAGAGUAUCCAGUAGUCAGUUUUGCAGCAAGGGACCUCAUCAGAGGACUUCUUGUGAAAGAGCCCCAGCACCGCUUGGCCUACAAGCGUGGGGCAACAGAGAUCAAGCAGCACCCGUUCUUCGAAGGUGUGAAUUGGGCUCUAAUACGUUGUGCAAGCCCUCCAGAAGUUCCAAAGCCAGUAGAAAUCGAACCAGUUCCAUUGGCAGCUGCAUCCACAAGCGAGAAGAAGGUUGUAAGUGAUGCUAAUAAUGAGAAGUCCGCUGGAAAUUAUUUAGAAUUUGAUUUCUUUUAAAUGUAUUCAUCGCCAAGGAAGUGCUGUACUAUGAUCUGAAUCCUCUCUGUAGUAGUUCUGGCUAAAUCUGCAAGGUGGUCAGAAAAUCUGAUUCAAGGUGGCUUUCAUAUAUAUAUAUAUAUAUAUAUAUAUAUGUAUAACAUCUUGAAGUUGUUGGAAGCUUUUAUUAUUUUAACUAGAGAUCUGGUUUCUUCUGUAUAAUUUUGUCGCUAAUGUUGAUUCAAGGGUUAAGUUUUCUUCUUUGCUUGGAAUUGCUUAUAUAAUGUUUACCAGUUAUAUGUUUUGUUAAACUCUUGUAUCUAAGAGUAAGUCUGACUAGGCAUUAACAAACUGUGAUAAAUUAUGCAUACAUAUUCUUGUUCUUC